AUGUUCUGGAAGCUGCCUCUGCUCCUGGGGCUUCUUGCUCUGGGGCCUCACGUCCGCAGCUGGAUAUUUGAGGAAGUCGGGAAGAGAGGGAAACAGUUCAGCCUGUGUGUGGAGUUUGCCGUGCACCACUUCAACGAGCACCAACCGGACGAGAAUGCGUACAAGCUGCUCUGGGUCAGGCGGAGUCUGCACAAGAAGUACAGUUUGAUAUAUUUAAUGGACCUGAAUCUGGGCCGCACAAUCUGUAAAAAACACGACGAAGACAUCGACAACUGCCCCUUGCAAGAAGGCCCAGAAGGGAAAAAGGUGAACUGCACUUUCAUUGUGGACUCACGGCCCUGGUUCACCCAGUUUACCCUCCUGAAUAGCACCUGCCAGCAGAUAUAA